AUGUCCACGCCCAUAGCUCCCAAGAGGAGCAAGCAAAAGGCGAAACCCGCCGCUGCGCCCGCCUUCGCCGGCGACUGCGCCGCGCCGACCGCGCCCCUGAGCCCCGGGUACAAGUGGAACCGUCUCCUCGGCACCUGGAUGCCCGACCCGAAGCACCCGGACCACGUGCAAAUUUUCCGUGACACGUUUCCCGAAGCGCGGCGAAAGGGCGGCCAAUAUGCGCCUUCGAUGCGACAUGUGCCGCCGGAGGCGAAGGGAGGCGAAGGGCGGAUUCCGGAGUAUAUGGGCCAAGAAGAGCGAGGGGAGGUGGUGGUGCUGGAAGACGCUACUGCUGCGAUGGGGGGAGGAGGGGUGGGGUUGGAUUCGAGUUCGACGUUUGGGAGGGGGCGGACGCCUGAGGGUGAGGAGAUGGUGGAUCUCUCGGACGGCACGAGGUCUGAAGAUGAGGAAGUAGUGCGCUUUUCACGACUUUCCAAUUCUUCACCGCAGCAGGAUGAAGAAGCUAUAGAAUCUUUCGAGCGGCUGGCGGCCGAGAGGCUUGCGACAUUUACCGGCUCUGCACCUCCGCCGGACGAAGCGGGGAGUGUUCCCUUGUCGAGGCUUCAGAGGGCUAUUGCGCGGAAGAGAGCCCAUCGGCCUAGUCGGAGGGAGGAGGAGGGGAGUGUUGAGUGGUCGAUUCGGAGUAGUCCGGAUUGA